AUGAAUGAGUUACGAUUCGAACUAUUCCGGACGAAAAUAUUGGAGUGCUGUGUGCGGCAGGGUCGCAGGUCGCUAGUCCUGUUGUCUAUGACAAUGUCUGCCGGAUCUGGAGCUGUUUUCCGGACUCGUAGAACCUUUUAUACUGUACUGCCUAUAUGCUUUAUUAUCUUCACUUGCCUUUUGUCGAUAGCUUUAAUUCUACCAUCAUUUCUCUUCAGUGAUUCUAAUUCUGUGCCAUUGGUCCUUCAUGGACCGAUCACUUUCCGGUGGCAAAUGGCUGAUGCCAAAAACGAUUUAAGAAUUUUAUUGUUAGACAUCGAAGACACUGAAUUAUAUCAUCAAGAACUACUACGUAAAAACCGUAUACCACUUCAUCUCCCAGUGGCUCCUAUAUUCAUGCCAGGCAUCAAAUAUAAGAAUGAAAUGGCCAAAAAAAUCUCGGACUCCACGUUAUUUGAAACUGUUUUUAAUUUCAGUAAAUGUUCAGUUGUUGGAAAUUUUGGUAUAUAUGUUUACAAGCCGGGCAUAAAUGCUUCAGAUUAUGCUGUUGGCUAUUACAGAACAUUCAGCCAGUUUCACAAAUUAAUCAAUGAUCCGAAUGAUGCUUGCCUUUUUUUCGCAUUUGUAGAUGAUGCCAGUAAUAUUGAAAGCCUAGAGUACUGGAAUAAUGGUCAAAAUCAUGUUCUCGUAAAUGUCGGCAUCAAUCCGAUCGGAAAUUAUCUAAAUGCAGUUAUUGUCUCUUCGUCAUAUGGUUAUAGAUUGUUUAAAGACAAUUUUGAUAUAUCUCUGUACGUAAGAGUCCCUGACUAUAACAAGAAUGGAUGGAAACAAUUGUCUCCGCUGUUACCGCUGGCUAGAAAAUAUCUCUUGUCAUGUGUUGGUGUACUACCGAAAAAAUUUCUGUCAUUUGCGGAAGAACAGCUUGGAUUAUUAGCAAGUUCAGCGGAGUCUGUUGGUGAUCGAGUGUUUUUGGAUUUCAGUUGCAAAAAAAAUUGUACUUUAAAGAGUGAUAUAUAUCACGAAUCUAUGUUUUCGCUUUUGUUGUUUGAAGCUGGACAAGUUUCGACAAAUGUGUUUCAUGAACAUCUGUUAUCUUCUCUUCGAUUUGGUGCUGUUCCUAUAAUAACUGCAUUGCAACCACCUCUCCCCUUUAUGGAAUUGUUUGAUUGGAGGCGUGCAGUGUUUGUAUUACCGAUACAACGGUUGCCUGAACUUCACUUUAUUUUACGUUCUUUUGCACCAGCCGAUGUUUUGGAAAUGAGACGUCAGGGACGGUUUCUACUAGAAAACUAUCUUACAGAUAAAAAAGUAAUUGCUGAAACAUUAAUAGCAGCAUUAAGACAUCGUAUUGGUGUGCCUGGUGAACAGACUGUUGCUGUGAAAGGUAGUCCACUGUUCAGCAAUCAAAAGUUUAGUCCUCCGCAUGUGGUUGCUGUGAAACCACCAGAAGAGGAAUAUUUGGGGCCACGUGAAGCGCCUCAUAACUCUAUUCCUUAUACGCACAAUUAUACAUCUAUUCAUAUGUAUUCAUAUCACUGGUGGAACGAUUUUGGUCGCGUAGCAGGCAGGUCAUUAGAGUACAUUGUUAAUGAACCACCGUUCCCAUCACAAUUUGAGUACGGUGAAGGUCUUGAGUGGGGUUUCCGUCCUAUUGCUCCACCUGCAAGUGGCGCUACUUUCUCCAGUGCUCUAGGUGGCAAUAGACCACGGGAACAAUUCACAGUGGUCUUUCUUACAUAUCAACGAGAUGCUAUUUUGGCGACUGCUCUUGAAAGGCUCAAUAAUAUACCAUAUCUUAAUAAGGUUUUGGUAAUAUGGAAUGGACGUGAAGCACCGCUGGAACGUAAUUGGCCGCGACUUCAUGUACCUGUCAUAUUUAUCAAUUCGAGCGUGAAUUCCUUGAAUAAUCGAUUUCUACCCUAUGAAGAGAUCAAUACAGAAGCGGUGCUGUCGCUUGAUGAUGAUAUCGAGCUCAGGCAGCACGAAAUUAUUUUUGCGUUCAGAGUCUGGCGAGAGCAGAGAAAUAAAAUUGUCGGUUUCCCAGCACGACGUCAUUCUCAGAAAGGAAAUGAAAUUUUAUAUGAUAGCAACCACACAUGCCAAUUAAGUAUGAUAUUAACAGGAGCUGCGUUCAUUCAUAAAGCUUAUUUUUAUGCUUACACUUAUGGAAUGCCCCAGGUCAUUAAGGAGAAAGUUGAUGAACUAAUGAAUUGUGAAGAUUUGGCGAUGAAUUUUUUAGUAGCUCACUUGAUUAGAGAGCCUCCUAUCAAAACUACUAGCAAAUGGACUCUGCGUUGUCCAGCUUGUAAAGCGAGUCUUUACCAACGAAGUACGCACUACCAUCAAAGACAUGAAUGCAUUCAAUUUUUCACUCAAGUUUACGGGUAUAAUCCACUUUUGUUUACGCAAGUACGGGUCGAUUCGGUACUUUUCAAAACACGUCUACCCACUAAUCAUCAGAAGUGUUUCAAAUAUGUUUAG